UUAUUAUUGUUUAUUAAGCGACAAAAUGAUAUCACUGAUGUGGACGUACAAUUAUAUAAUAUACGACUCACAAGUUUAAUUGGUUUUAAUCCACUAUAGCAUUGUAUUUUAUAUUUUAAAUAAUAAAAUGAAAACUUUACUGAUUAGUUUAUUACAUCUAAAUAUUUUGGUCAACGUCAUUGCAAAAGCUGAUAUUGGUUCAUCGGCAUGUGGAUAUAAUGGUGAAACUGAUACCAGUGGUGAGAAGUGUCAAAAUCAACCUGUGAAACUAGAGUAUAUACCAGAUGAAUGCACAUCAUUAUUUUAUGAUGGAAUAACAAUUGAUAAUGACUUUAAUAUUAGUCCUACCAAUAAAGAAACUGAUAAAAAACGAAUUUCUAUGCUUGUUGAUGGUACUCGUCCAGUGAUUUUAUAUUAUAGUCGUGCAAACGGCAUAAAAGGUUGGUUUGAAGCAAUAGAUCCUUCAAACGUUGAUACUGAGGUUCAAAAAUUGACAGAUUUUUUUAUUGAUAAUCCUAUAGAAGGUUUAGUUCUGAAAGGAAUAGAUUACCGUUUUGGACUUGUUCCAGAAAAUGAAAUUCCUCAAAACUACUCUGAAAAAAUAUCAAAUUAUCUAAGAACUAUAAGGGCUCAAUUUCCAAGUUUGCAAAUUGGAAUGUAUUUAGAAGCAAAAAGUUUGAUACAUUAUGGCGAACUGAAGAGUAAAAGAGACGGAGGGUGUUCGAAGACUCCCACGGAUUUUACGGAUUGGUUUAGUUUUGGAAUAUUAAAUAACGUCGUGGAUUUCUAUCUAUUUGGAUUUGAAGAGUUUAAUGAAUGUAAUUGUAAAUUUUUAAAAGGUGGAAUUACUCCUUUGGUUACACCAGAUCCAAAAGAUCCAAAUAUUAAUACCUUAGUUAGAUUUUCUAUUGCUUUAAAGGAAGCACCCAUUCCGAAAACUAAAACUUAUUUAGAAUAUUUAAUAAAGCCUUCGCUGAAGAAAGAGGAUGAACUGAAAUUUCGUGGUUGUGAAAGAUCUUAUAACGAGUAUUGUGAAAAUCCUGAUUAUAAAAAUUCGUGGUGUGCUGACAAUCAAGAUUCAUUCUAUGAAAAAGGUCAAUUUGCUGUCACAUAUGCACGCGGAUUCGUAGCUAAAGAUAUAGAUUUAGUCGAUCGUGAUAAUAAAUGUGAAUGUAAUGAUGAUAAGUUUAUAACUUUUUAUAUGGUAUUAAGUGGUUAUCGUGGAGAUCCAAUGAUAACUUGCAGUAAAAUUAGUGGUAGCUAAGUAAUUCAAUUCAUUAUUAUUCACCAAUACUGUAAUAUUUAUAUUAAAUUAUAAUAAAUUAUUUAAUUAAGUUAUUAAA